AUGUCCACUCCGGGAGAACGGAAGUUCUCCCAAAAACUCAUGGGACUGGAGGGUUGCAACUUGCCCAUGGGUUUUAAAUUUUUUUUUGCAUGUAACCGUAAUAGGAAAGAGUCUCCUGAUUCCGGAGGAAAGCCUGGUACGGUAGUACCAGGAAGGACGGGGCUGCAGAAGUCAUAUAGGCUACCGAAACGGAAAAGGAUUAGGAUGACGAUCUGUACUUAUAACGCACGUACGCUUGCAUCGGAAACGACCAUCGAAGAUUUGCUGAUGCAAGCCAAGAAGAUUAAGUACGACGUCAUCGCACUGACCGAGACGAGACGACGUCACCCUCUCAACGCCGUAUAUGAAACUGGAGAAGAACUGUUCUUGGGAACAUGCGACAGUAGAGGUGUUGGUGGAGUUGGCAUGCUCGUCAACACGAGUAUGGCAAAGAACAUAGACUCUUUCGAACAACUUACGACCUGA